CACAGCAGUCAGCUGAAUGCCAAAACCCAAGUUAUCAUCCAAAGAAGAGAAUAGAAAUAAGCAACGUCGCUCACACCUCCAAAGCCAUGGGUCAAAAUAAGCACAACGGCUACAGUCCAAAGGCCGAAACCCCAACGCACCACACCAAACACUCACGCUUCUACGUGUACAAUUCCAUGGCCACCUUUUUUUUUUAUAUUCCCACCAAAAAAAAACCUAAAUAUUUUAAUUGCUGCGAAAAAGAUCUCAAACGUAUAUUUUUUUUAUUUCUCUUUCUCUCUUUGGCUGGUGUUUCUAUUUCUUCCUCUCGCUCUCCUCCGUGUAUUGAAAGCUUCCCAUCCUAUCUUAGACGACAUGGUUCCGAUCGUUUUGACCCAGGUGGCGACCGGCUUGAGUGUGUUGGCAGGGGCUGUGUUUGUGAAAUCGUUCAUGGACCAGAAGCCCAUGACCGGUCCGUUUCAGCGAUGUCCAACUUGCAACGGCACUGGUCGCGUCAAGUGCAUUUGUUCACGUUGGUCCGAUGGCGAUCUCGGAUGUCGGACUUGCGCCGGGUCGGGUCGCAUGGCGUGCAACAGUUGCGGUGGUUCAGGUACGGGCCGACCAAUUCCGGUCCAGCUUUCUGUACGUCAACCAACGAACCGAAGCUCCUAAUUAACCGGGUUUUUUUUCUCUUCAUGAAUCAUGACAGUCUCAAAACUCUCUUCUACUUUUAUAGUUUUGGUAAGUUGUAAUCUUUAUAAUGACUGUAUUCAGAUUCUUAUAAAAAAUUGAAGUAAGAUUACUUGCAA